AUUGAGUGGCGGGAGAAUUGUUGUGGCAGCCGACUCACCGAGUGCUAUUCUGUCGUUCAUUUCGUUUAGCAGAGAGAGGGCACUCAUAAUGAUCUAACUGCAUUCUCUUCCUCGUUCCAGCUCAGGAACAGAAAUGCCUUCUUCAGAAUAUUUGAAGCGAGCACGAAUGUUUUCCUCCAAGGCAAAAACAAACCCAAAGUACAAAUGAGAAAGGGCAAAUGAUUUCAUUGGGAGUGCAGCGAGGGCCAAAUUGCUAGGGUCUGUCAUGGGUGAACCGACAUUACACAUACAAGGACUCUGCGCUCGGAGAUUUAAGAUACCUAUAUUGGCUGAAAUGCUUGUGCAAUUCGACUUUUUAAUGAAAACAAAAAUACAUUUUUUACCAUACUCAUAUUAUUGCAUGGUUGAAUGCAUGGCACUCUUAUGGAGUCUACAGUUUUCAGCUGGCUUGCUGUAACUUAUAUCAGUCUAGAUUUGGUGUUAAAGCAGGAGGAGUUGUAUAGAAGUAAAACAUCAAGUCUUGGUGACAUGAUCUGAGUGACAACGGUUCCUUCCAUUUCAGGCAGAUGAGAGGAAAGGAGGGACAUGAGUUGGGGAAAAUGGGAGAGGGAGAGGUAGAAGGAAAGAUGAUGGUGCGGGGUGCGUAUGAAGCAGAAGAUGGAUUGGAGAGGGUCAUGCUGGAAGCAUGGAGGGAGAGGGAAAGGAAGGGGCAGAAGCAUUUUAGUUGUACCCUCCCUCAGUCCCCUCAUGAAUACCAACGGCUAAUCCAAGCCCUUCUCUAUGCCAUCUUGACCCAACAGCAGCACCAAGCCCAAAUUGACCUUACCUACCUGAAAGCUAUAGUUACAGAUGGCUAUGCCGCAUUGGUCCACCUCCUUAUUAAGCUGGUGAAUGAAUGCUAUCCCAAGCUGCUGGAGCAUGCAAAGCGUCAACUCAUCUGGAUUUUUACACAGCUGGUGGAAUUACAGGCCACGGAUGUGCAACUCCUCUGUCUUUCUCUGCUCAGAAGAAUUGGCGGAGGGGACUUUACUCCGCCUAACCUCUGGUUAGCGCUCGAGAUGGUUCGCAUACUGCAGAGCAACUGGGUUUGGGUUACGGGCAACCAGGGAGUGCUUGCAGGCGCGCUUUUCACUUACUUAUGUUUACUGCGAGAUCACUUGAAGUUAAAAGGGGCAUCUUUUAGUGUUUUGAAGAAAACUGAAACUGAGUUGUGUGUUAGGAUUUUGAGGGAGAGGUUUGAGGAUUGUCUUUGUAUUGGGAGGGAACUUGUGAGGCUUUUGAAGGACGUGGCCUGUGUUGUCGAGUUUAACUUGAUUUUGAAGAACUUGUUGGCCAAUCCAGGGGUUGUUUCCCAAUUGUAUUCGAGCAGGACACCUGUUAGGUAUGUGGUGUCCAGGGUGACGCCAGAAAUGGAAAUCCAAAUUCGGUUUAUGUUGACCCAUGUUAAGUGGGGUAACCAGAUAAGGUACCAGGCAUGGUUUGCUAAUCGGUUUCUUGUUGCCCCUGAAAGUGAAACCCUAAUUUGUGAUCUCAUUAGGUUUAUUUGCUGUGCACAUCAUCCCCCAAACGAGAUACUUCAGUCCGAUGUUAUUUCCAGGUGGGCGGUUAUUGGGUGGCUUUUGAAAUGUUGUAGGAGUAAUUAUGUCAAGGCUAAUGCUAAGUUGUCAUUGUUUUAUGACUGGCUUUUUUUCAGAAAUCAGACAGAUAAUAUCAUGAAUAUUGAGCCUGCCAUUCUUGUAAUGGUCCAUUCAAUUCCCAAGUAUAAAGAUAUUACACAAUCACUUUUGGAGUUUUUGUUUCUUCUGAUGGAGAAUUUUGAUCCUGAUAGGAGGGAGCUUAUUAAUCGAGGCGUGUCUGCUUCGUUUGAGAUAUUGAUCAGAAAGGGUGUUGUCCAGUCAUUGGAUCCGUUAUUGUCAUGUAACCUUAUUGCCCCUUCCCUUAGAGAGAAACUUGCCUCCUAUUCCGUGGCAGUCAAUACCAAGAUUGACCACAGUAUUGCAGUAAUCACCGAGACAAAGAUGACAGAGGCGGCCACCAAGACCAAGAUUGAUUGUAGCGUUGCAGAGAUUCUUGGAAAGAAGACCACAGAGGUGGCCAUGGUAAGUAGUAGAGAGCAGUCUGUGUUCGGGUUGCAAUUGGUAGGUCAAAGUUCAGCGUCUACUAAGUGCCCCAGAGGGAAUCAGUCUCAUGUUCCAGAACGUAGGAAAAUAGAUUCAAGCCACAAGAAUUUGGAUAUGGCUAGCACUGAGAAAAUAAAGAGAUCGCGUGAUGAUGAUGUAGGUGAUACUGUACAACAGAAGAGAAUGUGUUUAGAUGAUGUAGAAAGUACUGUGCAACAGCAUAUAAAAUGUAGUGAUGAUGUAGUAACUGCGGUGCAGCAGAAGAAAAUGCCUGUUGACGAAUCAAAAAACAUUUCUGUAAAUAAUCUUCUUGAAACUGCGAAGAGGUCAGAUGAGUCUGCCAUUGACAUGCUUGAUAAAAUAUUAAUGUUGUUUUUGGGCAUUCCUGAGCAAGAUGUUGAUGGUCCGGUAGGAGGAUAUAACCUUUCCAAUCUUUCUGCAGACUCUUCUCCAGAAAUCACUGGAGAUUUAGCUCUGCGGAUAGAAAAUACAUUAAAGGUUGGUGGGCAUGAGAUGUUUUUACCACUUACUCAUACAGCAGAUGGAUUGGAAAGGGAUGAAAUAUUGUCUGCAACUUCUGUUGUUCUUCGCAUCUAUACCUUGUAUCAACACCCAAAAUUGCAAGAAAUGCUUUUAUUUUGGCAUAAAACUGGUUUAGCUGUUGGUCCACGAUUACUAAGUUAUGCAUCUACUCUUGCUAAUGAACUAGAGCAGAUAUCAGGUAUGAAACCUAUUAUGGACAAGUGUUCUUUAAACCAAAAUUUGCAUGGAUUGGAUGACUUAUUGACAAAUGCUAUACAAGAGGAGCAUGGAUUAACUGACAUAAACAAGGGUUCAGUAAAUAGUAGAUCACAGAGAUCACAGUCUCUAUUGAAGUGGCAAGCUCAAAAGUACUCCCUUUAUGCAUGUGCGAAGAAAGCUACUUUCAGUUGCGUACAACUUACAGAGAAUAUUGGGAUGGAACAAUUUUCCAUUAUGGUGGAGGAAGCUUUUAGAGCAUAUAAACAGUUUCUUGUUAUGACUAAUAUUUCUACGCCCAUGCCUCCAGUGUUUGAUUCGAACCAGAACAGGAUGCUACUGGUAGAAAAAUUAGAUGGAUGCUUAGGAAAUCAUGAAGUUCUCAUCAAUCAAAAUGCAAGUAAUGCAUUGUUAAAAGAUUUACGAAUAUUGUGUUUAUGGAGUGUCAGAAGGUUACAACAGGUUUUUAGAAGCAUUUUCUGUUACCUAUCAGAUUUAUCCACUGGAAAAGAAGGUGUAAUUCGGUUGCUUGUGUGCUUUAUGGUUCCUGCAGAACUCUUGAGAUUUGAAAUUAAACUAAGCCUGAAGGAAUUUUCUAUUUUUGGACAGGAUCCUCAAAAUCUUUGUGCUUUAAUAAAAAGUUCAGUUGACUGGGAUUUUACCGAACAGCAGUGUUUUUGGCAUUUACUGAUAUCUGAAUUACAAGUCUGCCAGGUUCCAUUUAUGAUGACACUCUUGAGAUUUUGUGCUGACACUUUGAAUCCUUUGGUGCAUGCUGGCACAAUUUCUGGUCUUCUCACAUUCUUAAGGUCCCAGACUCCAUCGGCUGAGCUUUUAAAUGCCAUCGUAUGCCUACCUAAAAGAUUUGCAAAUUUUGCAGCUUCUGUAAUAGCAAGUUGGUUGGUGUCGAAAAGGUCAGCAGUCAUCCCAUGCCUAACAGACUGGACAAAUGCUUGCAUGGACGACAUUCAGACUACAAAUGUGGGGAACGGAUCUUGUACUGAGAAAUUGAAUUUGGCUACAAUUAGAGCCUUAAUACAUUUUCUUGACAGUCAUGAUGGGGAUGAGAACAUGUGUUCCAAAAGUUCAACAAUUUUAUGUUUUCCAGAAAUCAAGGCCAGCCUAUUAAAACUGGUCAGCAAUAUUGGCUUCAGAUAAAUGGUUGCUACAAACAACAGAACUUGAUCUGUGAAAUUAUUUUGGAAACACCCAGCUUGCUGAUUAAACUGUAUUUAUUCAACUUUGGUGCAACACUCGUGUUAUAAAAGCAUCUUCAGGUCUUCAAGGUAUUUGUAGCUUACUACAACAGCGUUCUCUAAGAAACACUAUCUCAUUCAGUCCAGGAGACAAAGACACAUGCAGACAGUUCCAUUGGGAAAUUUUGAAAUAAACAUGUGCUUGGGCUCCUUUUGAGUUUUGACCCUCUGCUUCAGGACCAUUAAUCAUUUACCUGGAACAAAAUAUUUCAGGUUGGUGUAAGCAAUUAUUAAUGUGCCAUCACAUUUUUUUUUCUUAAAAUGUGAAUACAGAGUUUUUGUGAAAUUUUUGAUGUUGUUUUAAACUUGCUGCCGACUCGCUGAGGGAACUGGGAAGUAAUUCUACCGUGUUUUCAUUGUUCUGACUAAACAUCUUAUUUUUCCUUUCUACAGUAUUCUUGAGAUUCCAGUUCAUCAUGUGCAUUGCUAAUUUAAAAGAAAAAAUGAUGCAAACACUAUGAAAUGUUCCCUUAUUAACCUGACUGGUUUACUCAUUACUGCCGGAGUGAAUUCAGUUAUCUUGUACUUAGUUAGGGUGUUAGCAGACCAAUAUUCACUGAUGAAUCCAUUUACAAGCUUAAGCAGGUUUGAGGCAAAUUGAUGUCAAUAUAUAUAUGCUAUUUCAAACACUUGAAAGUCUGAUUACUUUCUUCAGGUGGGUGUCAAACUCUUUGUGUAUCAGUGUGUGGAAUACAUUCAGAUAGACUCUACACAACUAAUGAUAUAGCGAACUCACAAUUUGACCUGCUGCGCCUCCCAGGGGGUGUUAAUGACACAAAAUGAUGGAAUUUUCCGUUGACAGACUUCAGUAUGCUGCCUAGAUCUGGGUGUGGUCUGCAGAGGUUCCUCCAAUACUCAGAUUUGGAAUUAGUGAACCCAGGUCAGCCUUUAAACAAAUCAAAAUUCCUUCCUCGACCUCUCAAAAUACUGUGUGGCGACUUUCCCACUGCUGAUGAGAUCUGGAUGGUUGAUUGAUAGUCCCUCCUUUGUGUCCUUACUAGAUCUUGCCCUGGAAAUAAGCGGUUGGGGGUGAUCGGUCCUGUAGUGAACUUACCCUCAAUCUUUCCCAGCGACUAGGUUAUCAUAUGGCCUCCUUGUGCAAGAUUUAUGCAACCCCGGUGAAUGAAAAGUCAGUGAUCUGUUUAAUUCUACUGCCUAUGUUGUAUCCUGUCCUGGUGCCCUCAAGAUGGGUGCGACCUAAGAGUGUGGGGAAUAGAAGGUUCCUGUGUCUGCUCUGAACCUUAUGAUUAGCAAUGUUUAAUACCUGAAAAACUAUGUUCCACCAAGUUUCUGGGAUGGAGGGAUGCAUUUCGGAGAUGGAAUUUUUUGAGGCCAUCUUUGGGGACGCCAAAGCAGACCGCUAUAUAAAAAAUACGGAAAAUUCUAAAACUACAGGGAAUUUUCAAAUAUUUAUAUGAUAACAUUGAUAACAAUGAGACAGCAUUCAUCAUAGAAUCCUUAAUGUACAACAAGAGAGCUCACAUGAGAGUCCAACAAAUUAA